GUACGUGUGUUGAAAUUUAUAGAAAAUGUAUUUUGGAGGGGGGGGGUAGGCAUCCCUAUGCGUGUUGUCCUGUGUCUCGGUGCGGAAGGUCUCUGGUCUCUGCUCCAUACCAAAUACUCGCGUCCAUUCGUACCGGUCGAACCGACGCGCAGGUGGCUUCCGCGGUCACAGGCCAACCAUCCAGAAAAAGGGGUGCUGUGAAUACUGCUGCUGUACUUUGGCUGUACAGGUACAGCCAUUUUUUUUUGUGCGAGAAAAAACAGCAACAGGGUGAACAGAGGCACGGCGUGUUCACUACAUCCUGCUGAACCCGUUGGAAGUUGUGAAGCAGACCGUGUUCUCCUCGAGACGAAUAUGAGUGCUUUAGCACAGCCGAAGAGUCCUGCUGGCUGGGAGGAAAGCGGAGAAGGAGGGCCAGCCCCUGCUGCUGCAGCUGUGGCGGCGGCGGCGGCGGCGGCGGCUCCGUCCGGUGAGGUAGAUGCUGCUGCUACCACGGCUACUGCUGCUGCUGCUGCCGCCAGUUGCACUCUCGUCGCGAAAUGGCAGGGAAGCACGAUUGAGCUGCCCGUGUUGCCGAGGAGCACUACGAUAGGGGAGGUGAAGGAAAUUCUCUGCGAAAAAACGCGCGUCCUGGCGAAGCGGCAGAAGCUCGUCGGCCUGAGCGUCGGCGGGAGGCCGGCAGCGGACGAUUGUCCCCUGGAGCGGAUACGUCUCAAGACUCCGCACCGCUUCAUCCUCAUGGGCACCCCAGAGGCGGAGAUUUUCGUGGACCCUGGCGAAAAGGAAGACCUACCAGAGGUUUUUGACGACUUCGAUUUGGACGUGUCUCACGCUAGUGAGGCGUGGAGGCAGGCCAUAGAAAACUCGGACAAUUUGGCCAAGUUCACGGAGAAGACGGAGCUACACUUCAUGAAUCCCCCACGAGACGGAAAGGCCCUUCUCGUCCUGGACCUGGACCACACCUUGCUAGACUUCACCACGCGGGAAACGGCGAGCCCCGAGCAGAUGAAACGGCCACACAUGGACUCGUUCCUAACCACGGUGUACGAGCACUACGACCUGGCCAUCUGGAGCCAGACCUCCUGGAGGUGGCUCGAGCUCAAGCUCACGGAGCUGGGCUUCCUCAACAACCCCAACUUUCGCAUUUGCACCGUGCUCGACAAGACAAGCAUGUUCGGGGUGACCUCCACCAAGAAGGACGGGGAGCAGCGACGGCAUCAGGUGAAACCGCUCAAGAUUAUCUGGGACAAGUAUCCAAGAUGGCACGCCUCCAACACCUUGCACGUCGACGACCUCUCGAGGAACUUCGCGCUCAACCCAAAAAACGGUGUCAAGGUCAAGGCGUUCCGGCGCAAGAGCGACGGGAGGCUGCCCACGGACGACGACGAGCUGAUGCUCCUGGCGAGAUACCUGGUGCUGGUGGCGAAGCGAGACGGGCGGGAGGGGAAAGGCUGGGAUGGACUCGAUCACAUGGACUGGAAGAGCGAGCUGAAAAGACUUGGGUAGGAUGGGGGUCACUGCUGCUGCUGCUGCACUCCCCGCUGGCCUUCCUACGGGAAGAGGCUUCGGAUAGCUUGCAGGGGGGCGCUGCUAAUCGUUGUCUUACUUCACUAGAGGAUAGCCCUGCAGAAUGGUUCUGCUUCUCGGUGCGUCAGGACAUGAGUUCGAGCGACCCUUCUUUUUUUUGCUGCCGCCUGGAUAAGCGUGAUAGAUGGCCUUUGCUCUCCCUCCCUCUCGAUUUUGGCUUGGACAAGCGCCCGGAGCGGGACCCCUAUCCUCCUCAUUCGGAGGGAGACGCUUCGAGAGACGCUGCUCUCUCUUUUUCCCGUCGUAUGUGUCGUAGCCUGGACAAGCAGCCAGGGAAAGUGGGGGGGGGGACACAACAGGCUGCUACGUCGCUUGGGGGUGCCCUUCACGCGUAGUGGACGAGUGCACCGAAGGAGAGUGGGCACCCGUUACUGGCCACGUUGUCCUCGCACCCUGUGCAGUACGAGAAGGCUGCUAAGGACGCGAAAGCGGAAGCAGCUCGUGUUUCCCCAGUCCUGCCUGUGAGGCAGGGGGCGGCAGCAGUUGUGUGUGCUCUUGUUUGUGAUGUCGUCCGUGGCAUGUAUGCAGGGAGGCUUAUUUUUGUGGCUUGGCGCCAUAUCUUUUGAGUUGCUUGGCACGACUAGAGGAAGGUGGCCUAGCAACGCGCUUCAUUCGACGCUAGAAAAGGUUCCGGUGACAUGCCCGUGGAAUCGACGUCGAUGAUCGUCCCGUUGCUGCCAUCUAUAUUUGGGCCGCGUUUUCUCCUCUCUCUUAGCUCCGUUUUUCGGUCACUACUGUUGUUGUCGUUGUCGUUACUUGUGCCUCACCCUGGCGCUUAUUUCACUAGUUCAUAUGUGCCGGGUUGUAUCCACCUCAAAAUCCGGCCCUGAAGGAGUCCGCAGGAAACGAGUUUGGCCCUCGUCGUUUUCUGGAGGUUAUGUGCUCCCGCGCGUGUUGGUUGGGGUCCUAGAUCUGGAGAUUGUACAAUGUGGGGAAUGUUUGUGUGUCCCAGGAGUUUUGACGCCGCGCUUUUUUUUUACGGUGCCCCAGGUAUCGGUGUUCGAACAGGGAGGGAGCACUGAAGGGGUGUGUUGCUUUGCGUGGUGUACUCAAAAUUCUCGGCAGGGUCAUGACGUCAUACGGCACGGAUUGGUCGCAUAGUGUUUUUUCUUAUCUUUCUUGUGUUGGAGGAGCAUUAAGUGUGUGUGUUGUCGGUGUCGUUCUAUUCGCUGUGCUGCUACAAGUUACGGGUUCAAGCGCUGUACCGACGACCGUUUGCCCCAGAAACCCUUGGGAGCGUGACAUCUGUGACAUGUACCCAUUGCGUCCUCCUUGUGCACCGUGGUCGAUCGAUCAGUGUCCGUGUCACAUCGCAGAGGCGACCGCCGUACCAAAAUGCGUUUUUUUUCCGGAAUGGCCCCUGAGACAUCGAGGAGAGUUCGCCCUGAAAGAACCACCUUCCAUCGAAUGUAUGGAAUCUAGUUUCUCCGCAGACGGUGUAUUGUUCCGAUUUUUGUGGUCUGCGGAACGUGAAGAAUGGACAGUACUGUUCGUGCCGUUUCGACGAUACGUUCUCGAGUUGCGCCGCGUGUUUGCCGUUAGGUGCUGUGUUGUUAUUUACGAUGGCGUGCCUGCCCGAGACGAGAUUGCUGGGGGAUCGAAGCCGAUUGUAUGCGAGCGUUGUGACGGAUGGCACGAAGUAGAUUACAGCCUUUGUGAGGCGCGUUGCGUCUGCUAGACCUUUCAAGCCCGGACAGUGCGUUGUAGCAGGGGAUUGGAGGAAAGCCAGCGGCGGCGGCAAGAAGGCGCGGGCAGUUCAGGGUUGUCGGUGUAUGUGACGGCCCAAAUGUUUCAUGGAUUCGUUGUCACGUUGUGUGUUGCUGCUGGCUUUGGCGUCUGCUUCUUGCGUGCCAUGAUUUUGUACAAACUAGUGGGGUCUAUGUGUUUGCACGGUCGACGGCUAGGCCUUGUCGUUGGAUGCUCCCGUGAGCAGUGGUUGGAUCAAGGCGUGCGUUUUUUUCGACACUGGUACAGUUUAGCGUGGUGUCUUGAGCGCGUGUGGAGUGCCCUUCGGCAAGGUUGAGCUAUUGUCGAGAUGUCUCUUUGACAUUGCGGCGGGGGAAGUGUUUCCGUCCGAGCGACCCCGGCGGACCCGGUUCGACAUGCCUUUUUCUGGGCUUAGUGCAACCUUGGGAUUGCCUCUCGCACGCCUGCCAUCCCUCGCAGAUCCGUAAUUGGUUUGCCUGUUGAUCUCCUUGUCAGGGGCCGGUUGCGUCACUUCGGCGGAGCAACAUAUUUGGAAGCUUGCAACGAGUGCCACCUCUUGUGAGAGGUUGCUGGUGUCCAAACCUUGAUUUUAAAAAAAAUUUCGC